AUGAAGAUAACAAUAGCUAUUUGUUUGGCAAUUUUGGGAGUUUCAACCCUUAAUGAUGUUACUGCUGCUCCUACUCCUAAUGGUGGGAUUGAAUUAAAUAAUAAACGUGACGAGUCACCUUCUUCAUAUUAUUAUGAUGAUAAGAAGAAGGAAGACAAAGAUGAUCAUUAUUAUUACUACAAAUAUGAUAAAGACGACUACUACAAGAAAGAUGACCACAAAGACGAUUACCACAAGAAAGAUGACUACGAAGAUAAGAACAAGAAAUACUACAGACGUAAUGCCUUAGCUUCACCAGAUGAUUCCUACAAUGACGAUUACUACAAGGAUGAUGAUUACAAGAAUGAGUACUACUACGAAAAAGAUGAUCACAAAGACGAUUACCACAAGAAAGAUGAUUACUACAAGAAAGAUGAUUACCACAAGAAAGAUGAUUACUACAAGAAAAAUAAAAAAGAUGACAAGAAAUCUUAUUAA